UGUUAUAAAGUCUGUUUGAUAGAUGCAACAAUUGAAGAUCCUUUUGUGAUCGAUCAAUUGUCUAAGAAUUUGGCGAAAUUCAAAUAAUAAACCACACACCAAACAAUCCAUUCGAGUGGGACACCCUAAAAAAUACAACAGAGAUUAGGAAAUAAAAACGGCGAAUCAAACAACGUCGUCGGUGUCAUAUAUCCAUCGAUCCAUGCAUCUUCAGCAGAUUCCUGCAAAUAUUCGAGUCCGGUGAGCUCUGUAGGCUCUCUCCCUAUCUCUCUCAGCCCGAUCGACUCCUAUUGAAUCCCAACAGGCAUCUGCUGAUCUCUUUCGCGUCAACAAGUCAUUGACAGUUUCAGAAACUCACCGAGUCAUGGGUGGCGAGUCACGUUUCGACAUCUCACAGAACGCGUACGUAAAGCUUGUCCUUCAUGCCCUCAAGCACAAAUCCUCUCCCGUCAACGGGGUCCUCCUCGGCCGCGUUUCCCCCCAAAAAGAUGUCGUCGAGAUCACCGAUUCCGUUCCUCUCUUCCACUCCCACAUCGGCCUCCUCCCCCAGCUCGAGAUCUCCCUCAUCCUUAUAGAGGAGCAUUAUGCCACAAAAGGUGUAAAUAUUGUGGGCUAUUUUCAUGCAAACGAGAGGUUUGAUGAUUAUGAACUUGGCAGCGUGGCCAAGAAUAUUGGCGAUCACAUCUACCGAUACUUUCCACAAGCUGCCGUUCUUUUGUUGGAUAACAAAAAGCUUGAGGCUUUACCCAAGGGUAAGGACCGGAGCCCAGUAAUGCAGAUUUACACGAGGGAUGCAUCAAGGAUUUGGAAGUUAGCUGGAUCUGAGGGAAGCAGCCAGUUAACCAUUAAGGAGCCAUCAGCAAAUGUAGUCCUGCUGGAUUAUAUUUCAACUGAAAAAUGGAAGGAUAUUGUAGAUUUUGAUGACCACCUUGAUGACAUCAGCAAGGACUGGCUGAAUCCUGAACUCUUCAAGUAAUCUCGUCUUUGGUUCCAGUUUGUCUGCCACCAUUUUGUAGUGCAGCUGGAUUUGGGAUUACAAGGCUGAACUGAUCCGCUGGUUUUGGGGAUGAGACCAAAUUGAUCAGAGAAUUAAAUCAAAUGGGGGAAGAAUGCGUGUUUGAUUUUGAGAUAGUUUCUUGAUUUAUGUAUCGAUUGAGAAUGUAUUCUAAUGUAUUUUUUCACUUUAAAAUGAGAACCUCUGUGGUUUCUUACUUCAAAAAGAAUUCCGGCUAAAUUAUCUGAUUAUAGAGUUGGAAUGAAAAGCCUUGGUUUUUCA